UCGCCAUUUUUAGAUUUUCAAGACGAAAGUAUAAACAUUUUUUGAAAUUUCUUGCAAUAAAUAUUCGUUUGUAACGUUUUGGGUUAUGUGGUUUUAUGUCACUUCGGGCUGGUUGAGUUAAAAAAACAAAAACGGAAUUAGUUUUUAAAAAAUAAUCGAACGUUUAGUAUAUAUUUCUAAUUGAAAUACAGUAAUUAACAUUGUUAUUAGCUAAAGUGCUAUAUUGUAAAUUUGUAAAAAGUCGUUUUUGUCAAGGCAGUUUUAAGGGAUUUUUUUUUCUCGUAAAGGCUUAAACGAGUAGAUUUUCAUUCCGUUUAUGAUAUUCAGUUAGCCUUUGAAUGGAUCAGUUGAAAUAUUUUUUGUUUACGAAUUUACACCUUGGUGUUUUUUAAUUGUUUUUGUUUUCAACGUGCACCGUGGAUUUUUUUAAACCGUUGGCAGUUGGUAUUAAAAAUGGAGAACCCGAAGGAUUGGAUGGCCACUUGGAUGUUUGGCGUGUUUUCACAUUCUCGACCCUCGCACUUUUGACUUUAAUCCUUUCUCACGUCCUCACGAGUGCGAAAACCCUUUCACGGUUGAUGUUGUAGUCUUGUUUUUGUGAUCUAAGCCUUGAUCUUUUGGAGGAUCAGCGGUCCGGAGAAGUCAAACAUCGAACAUGGCCCUUAAUCCCGAUUUGGAGCAGUUGGACAACGAGUUGGAGCUGGUGUUUUUCGCCUGCCCGUGCAACCCAGACGGCCAGGUAAAAAUUCAGGAUUUAAUCGACCAAUUGGCCUCCAAGUAUGGAAGUGAUAUCAUCGGGUGUCUUCAAGAGGAGCUGAGCAGCACUGAUUCAAAUGACACGAACCAAUUUGUCUCUCGAGAAGAUUUCAUUAAAUUCAUGAAGAAUAUUAUAAUAUUGAACAGCGGGGAUAAUGUUCAAAGUACUGUCAGUUUUGUGAAUUCUGAAUAUGUCGAAUUUAGAACACCGCUGAAAUACAGCCAGAGGACUUUUGUUGAAGAGGUUGACAAUAAUAACUUUGACUGUUUUCAUCAGUUGAACAUUUCAAAUGCUUCGUACUGCUCUGAUGAUAUUAGAUAUUUGAGAGAUUCAAAAGAAGCAUUAGAACAAAAAUUGAUUAAGGCAGAAAACUCCAUACAGUUUCUAGAAGAGCAUGUUAAAAUAAAAACCGAUAAAAACAUAAAGCUAUCAAAAGAGAUUGAAAUCAUGAAAGAGGACAUAAAUAAGAUCCAAUCUCUCGAAGAAGAGUGCUUUGACCUCAAAGAUAAAUUGAACAAACUUGAAGUCAAGCACAAACAUGCCACUAGCAGUCUCAAAAAAGCAAACUUGAAAAUUGAAAUUCUUGAAGAAGACAAAUUUUCGCAAUCGGCUGAAAUCAGACAACUAAGUGAAGAAUUGUCAAAAAAAGCCAUUAUUCUUAAACAAAUGGAAAAUUACAACAAAAGUUUAUAUGAUGAGGUUAAUAUUUUGAAGGAAAAGAAUGAGACAUUGUCUAAGAAAAUAAAGGAAAUGAGUGUAGAGCUCAUAGACAAAGAAGUUUUAAUGGAUCGAAUUACAGAGUUGGCGAGUGAAAAACAAAAUUUACAAAUACAGCUUUCUGAAAUAACUGUUUCUCAGGCGCUGAACAAUAUAAGCAAUAUGAGUGAAUCUGACACGUCUGAAACAAGAAUCGUUUGCAUGACUCCUUUUCCUGUUGAAAAUCCAGGGGUUUCUCUAAAAUCAGAACUUAAUGAUGCUUUUGGUCUCGAUAGUUCACAGAAUGGACAAUUUCCGUUUUUCGCUAAUCAAACAAUAGAAUGCUCAGUAGCAUCGACACAAACAGAAAGUAGAGAAGUUGAUAUUUGCAUGUUUGAGACUCCAAUUAGCUGUGAAUCAAGUCAUACUGACCUUGGUAGCAGACCAAUUAUUAUCCAAGAAAAAAACCGAUUAGCCGACUUUUCUACAUCAAGUACUGAAGAAAAACAUGGAUCCAGGGCAGAAAAUUCAGAAGAAAAUAUCUCAGACUUAGGCAUGAUGCCAUUGAUUUGUGAGACUCCCGUAUCCAAAGUGAAGACGAAAUCAGUUUGUAGAAGCCUGUACAAAAAUGCCAUUUCAAAUUUUGAAGAACUGGCCGCACCUUUGGAAAAUGGAUUGUGUGACAUGGACAUCUGCCAAUCUCCGAUUUCAAUUGAGGGCCGCUUUACAGGAACCCAAACUGCAAGAAUGCUGAGUCCUAUUGAUGAUAUAAACAAAUCUACUGACUGUAUCCAACUAGACAUGUCUGAAACGUUAAGUUCGUUUGAUAGUCAGGACAGUAUUUCUGGUACAAUUAAUUAUGAAACACCAACAUUUAACUACCUGGAAAUUUUGGAAAAGGAGGCCGAGAUGAAUUUUACCAAAGUUAUCCAAUUAAAAGACGAAGUCGUUCAAAAAUAUGGGUCACAAUUGUUCAAAGAAAAUAGUUCUGACAAAAUUGUUUCAAACUACUUAAAGAGGAAAAAUGACUUAGGCAUAGCCAUUAUAAAUAAUGGCUUGAAAUUGAGCACUGAAAGAGACUGUUUGGACACUUUAAAACUUAUGAGAUCCAACAAGAAUUCACAAUACAAAUUGACUUACUUUUCAUUUCCAGAAUCAAGGGUUCAUUCAAGCAGCAUUUACGGUUUAAUUUGGCUCAUUCAUGCAUUAACUAAAUUAGUUGGGAAGAUGGCAAAAUUGUGUGUUAUCACAACUUUGCUAUUUGCUAUGUUGGCUUAUAGUUCAUUGGUGAUGCUUUGCGUGAAUGGGUCACCUUCAUUACAGAAUCCCGAGUUUUAUCAAUGUUUUGUAGCUCCACGAUUGCCCAUAAGCAAGUUUUAUAAUUAUGCCUCUGGCUUGCUAACAUUUCAAGUCACGUAUCCACACGGACCCCCUCCGACUUGACCAUGGACAUCAACACUUAAUAUGCGUACUGUUAUUUGUUAUACAUUUUGUAAUAGCGUGUAAGUUAUAUCUUUAACAUAAAUAUAUUUCUUGUUACUCCUUUGUUCAUAGUUUCGACACCAACAUUAUAAAAUGAAUUAGAUUUAUUUAUUAAUAUAUUAAACUCUUAGAGUAGUGAUUUUUUGAUCGUAAGCAAUACUUACUGUGAUGUUUUUUGCAUGUUUUGUGAUUUAAUAUUGUGGUAAUAAAUAAUUUAAUAAUGUUUA